AAGGAGUGAUGUGCGCGCUCUCUCGUAUAUUUGGUUUUUGCGACUUGGCGACUUGCCUCUUGCUUUUAUAUCCGUCAUUUUCAUGACGAUCCUUGAUUAGCGAUUCAGGAAUAUCCUAGAUAUCUUAAAUAUUAGCAUUUUAGAGAUUCCUGAUCCUAUUUUCCUUCUACGUCUUUAUAACCGUUCUGCUACCAUCUUGGAUUACCCUAUCCUUUGUUUCCUUAAACGCAGCUAAUUUAAACGUAAAGGAAAAGAUUAUGCCUGACACUACAAAUCCCUCUCUAAAGAGGAAACUAUCCCCGGACGAAGAAGAUGCAGCUAAAGUACUACAGGAAGUAGCUACGAAAACAACAGACAUGGAGACGGAUAGUUGUGGCGCCAACAAGAAAGUAUGUUCCGACAUUCCGGAUCGCAUUAAUGCGUUUCUCAGCAACAGGUAUGAUGCGUGCCAUCCAGGCCCAUAUGAAAUAAUAAUUGAACGCAUUGUUGACAAGACGCCGGAAACACAAAAAAGUAUAUCUCAUACUCCCAGCGAAUUACGUAUAGGAAAAAAUAUUUCUAAACAUUUGCCCAACUUAUGGAAAAAUGCGUACGACCUUAAACACCUUGGUAACAGUAAAUUUUCGGUUAAUAUGGCCGACUAUCAAGUUGCAAAUAAACUGGUUGAAGUUAUGUCACGCAAAAGAAACGAUAUUUUCCCAGAAUCCAUUUGGAUUGCAUACGUACCUAAUUAUAAAAUAUUCAGAGCAAUGGUCACGCGAGAUUUAGAUAGUACAGUUACGUAUGAGGAUAUGGAAAAUCUAGACCCACCACCUGAGUGGCAAGGUAACUGGAAAAAACCCAUCAGUAUACAAUAUAUCAAACAUAGAACCAUUAUUACCAAAGAAGACAAUACUUCUGAGGUCGUAUAUAAACCGACGAGGACUAAUAUUGUUACCUUUCACUACUCCUCAGUUCAAAAAUCGGCCAUUUACUUUGACAUUCGAGUAUAUUUUACGCUAUUUGUUCAAAAGGUCAGAAGAUGCACCCACUGCCAGAGGUUUGGACAUGUAUCCGCUCAAUGCAGAGGAGGAGAAAGUGCGCGUGUGUGUGUAAAAUGCGCCUCCAAGGAAUAUCAAGAACAGAACUGUAACAGCAGACAUUUAAACUGCAUUAAUUGCAUACGGACCAAAGAGAUGGACACCAACCAUGCUGCUAAUGACUACAACUGCCCAACGUUCAUUGAAAACAGACGUAUCAAAAUAAUUAUGGCCAAGCUAGGUUUGAGUCCCAGAGAAGCCCUCGCCUACUAUAAAAGGGAAGUGGGUGGCGGCACUGCCAUCUUGAUUGAAAAAUCCAUUGAUUUCACCGUCAUUAAACCACCUAUUUUGAAUGACAUCUGCUCUAACUUCAAGAUGGAUUACAACAUUAUUAAAGUUCGAUGGGCAAAUAAAAAUGGAUAUAUAUGCGUUAUAUAUAAUCCUCCCAAUACUUUUCUUGAAGUAAAUGAUAGAAACCCUUGGCCUAAGCUAUUUGAGUACUUGGCGAGCCUGGGUGAGAUAGUUAUUUGUGGUGACCUAAAUGGUAAACAUUCAUUAUGGUGUGCAAACUCUCAGGUACCUAAUACUAACGGAACGUUGAUCUUAGAUGCUGUACAAAAUACCAAUCUGGUCGUAUUAAAUGACGAUUCACCCACCUGGACAUCUUCUGAUGGUUCCAUUCAAAGUGCUUUAGAUCUAACUAUUGUAUCGUCUAACUUGGCAACCUCGUCUACUUGGCAAACUAUUUUAGACAAAUAUGGAAGUGAUCAUUUCCCUACUGUUCUGCGAUUGCAAGCAUGUUCCCUUAAUAAAAUAAGUUGCAGACCACACUAUUCUAUCUCUAGGGAUAUUAAUUCAGCUUUAAUUGAAGCUGGCGCCUCUUUACCCAAAAUUGUAAAUAAUAAAAGAAAACCUCCGGUGUAUUGGUGGAACGAGGAGUGUUCGUUAUUGAUUAAUGAAAAAAGGGAUCUUUACCAAAAAUUUAAAGCUAAUCCUUCUAUAGAAAAUAUCAACAGUUAUCUGGACAAAUGCAAGCAAAUUAAAAAUAAAUUACGUAAAAUCAGAAAUCUCAAAUUCAGAGAAUUCUUCUCGAUAGAAACCAAUAAAACCGGUCACCACUCCAAUCUGACUCAAAGAGCAAUACCUCAUCCCACAAUGCAAGAGUAUACCAAUCACAACUUCUUAGCUUCGCCUAUCUCAGAUCCCGAGUUUCAGGUAGCAAUCAAAGCUUCAUGUUACAAGAAAAAAGCCCCUGCUUAUGCGGAUGACAUCAUUAUUUUCACUGAAGGCAAACAUGUCUACAACAUUUGCAAAAUUCUUCAAAAUGAUCUAGUGACACUCAAUAGCAACCUUACAGCCUUAGAUCUACAAAUCUCCGCCGAGAAAACUAAUCUAUGUAUAUUUAGUAAUAUGACCCGUUUCGAAACCAUACGUAAUUUAGUAAACAAUACCAGAGAGGCAUACGGAAUAAUACAUGCUAUUGAUACUGCUAUGUCUUUGGGCAAGAAGAAAGUAGGCAUCUUUACUGACUCAUUAAGUGUACUGAAAAGUAUUAAUGCCAUCGAUACUUGGGGUAAGAAGCCCAUGGUAUGCUAUGAUAUUAUACACAAAAUUCUUAAAGCCAGAGAUAUGGACAUUGACAUCACACUUGUUUGGAUUCCUGGUCACUGUGGUAUAGAAGGCAACGAAAUGGCGGAUACUCUUGCUAAGCUUGCUUCUGGUAGCACUGAAGCCCCACCUAGACACCAUCUACUGGACCCAUCCAGUAUAUGCUGGCAUAUGAGAAAACCUAUUAUAGAAGAAGGAUUACAAGCAUUGGAAACGGAAUUUAAAGUUAAAGGCAAGGAAUACAGGAAUCAUACCGACCUCAUUCCACUCAAAUUCCGGUUCAGCGGAUCAAAGAAAAUUCCCAGACAAAUCAUUACAAUCAUGGCUAGGAUUCAAUCCCAUCAUAUAUGCACAGGUUCACAUCUUUUGCGGAAAAAUAUCACUACCACAGACAGGUGUGAAUGUGGAUUCACCCCUAGGAAUCUGGAGCAUCUGCUUUUUAAUUGUGCUCUACAUAUUGAAGAAUCUGAUAAACUCAUAACACAGCUUUAUGCUAUAAAUAUUAUGAAUAUAGAGGAUAUAAUUAGGGCUGCAUUCUCCAAAUUUUCCGAACCGUUUAAAUUAAUCCUUAAUUUUCUCAAAUCUACUAAUCAAUCCUUAUGA